GGCACGAUCGUGCUCCCGAUUCGCGAUCAUCAGUUGUUUGCCGACGAUCGUCGGAGUUGCCGUCAACAAAAAAUGCAGCUUUCACUCAUAACCUGCGUUGCACUGGGUUGCAUUCUUGCCGUCACGACGACUGCGGACAACAGCGUCGAUGAUCUUUGCCUCAACGGAACACGUGACGAGUCGGGAGCGUGUGUUUGCAAACCUGGCUACAGUGAGUUCCAAGGAAGAUGCUACCUGUCGAUCAAACCCGUUGAACGUGGACCAGAUGUUCUACCACGAUCAUCGUACAACUACUGUCCGCCUGGAUCGGGUUGUGCUCCCGCGGUUUGCACUGGAACGCUCUGCGGAAGCUCGUGUCCUCCGGGUUACGUACUGCAGGCUGGAUUCUGCGUCAUACCUAGUCCACAGUGCCCAGCGGGUACGCUGUACCGCAACGGCUUCUGCUACUCUCACAUUCCACCGCUAACCCGGCUUGAGAUAGUGGAACCCCUGAAGGUGGACAUUCCGGUUCCACCACUUCCCGAGGGCAGCAUCGAAGAGGAAUCUACCGCGUCCGACAUCGAAAUCGUGCCAACUCGCAGACCCCUCCGACCACGGCCCAACCCGAUAGACCACGUAGUGAACAACGUGAACACCGUCAGCUCGCCGACCAACGUUAGCACGCACAACGUAAACAACGUGUUCAUCCACAUUACGCACUCCCGGAAGAACGGAGCGGUCAAGGCUGUGGUGAUAAGAAACAACGAAACGACGGUUUACGAGGAUCAACCAAAGCUGCCACCAAGCAAGCCAACCCCACCAACGGACGAAGAAGUCGAAAUUCUCGAACCCGAAGUGGUGGAACGGCCGGAAAAUCGGUGCUGCAUCAUCGUGUCGCCGCGAAUCUGCCGCAAGCAGGAACACGACGAGUGGGUUUGCUUCCACCGGAAGCACUACCGCUGUGGGCGCUUCUGCACGGCUGAGGUGGUUUAUUUGCGACCAAGGCGGCCGCUGUACAACAACUCCGUGCUGAUCAUGCCGCCCAGUUACGAGACGGCGCUGCGGUACGGCGUGUGUCGCUGGGGCGUCUGUCCGCCGAUUGAUUGUUCCGGCUGCCUGUUUGGAAAGUAUCGUUGUCACUACAAAUGUUACACGUACGAUUGUGCCCACCAAGGCGGCCCUGGCUGUAACUUUUUGAAUCAGGACGAAUUUUGCGGCGAUAACAGCGACGAAUUGUGCGGGGCGCAGACUGGAGCGGAUGAAUGAACUUUAGACAGUGUAAUGAGAGUU